AUGCAUCUUGCGAGUGUUGCUACACUUCACUAUCUAUCGGCUGAGAAACAUCAAUCCCUUACAGUUUUUUGUGAAAGAGGAAGGCAAUCUAAAAUGUUUUUGGACAAAGCAAAGAUCGGAUAUAAAAAACUAUAAUCCUCUUUCAAAAUCACUCAGUUGACACGUAAAUUAUAUGGGAGUCACAGGUCAGAAUAAAUUACAGCGAAUCUGAGAUAAGAACGAUGGUGAUUUGUACUGAUUCGAGAAGGCAGUUAUAUUUUCGAACUCAAAGUGAGAAGAUGACUUUUUUCUCGGUCCUCGUGUUUAGUGUGGUGCUUCUUAAUUCCGUGAAUUCGAGUCAGACGUUUGAAAUUUUCACGAGGGCCACGGAUGCGUUCAAGAGUUUUCUCAAUAUUGAACUUAUUACUGUUGAUAAACCGCGCUCUACUGGAGAUUCAAAUGAAACAGAUAGUGUAGCGGAAGAUGCAACUCUGCUGGCGCCAGAUUUGAUACGAAAGUACCAAUAUCCAGUAGAAGUACACAAUGUAACAACGGACGAUGGUUAUAUUUUGCAAGUUUUUAGGAUCCCGAAGCCUGAUCAGCAGCCAGUUCUGUUAAUGCAUGGCUUACUCGACACUUCUGAUACAUGGAUACUGAUGGGUCCGCAACAAGGACUUGCGUACUUACUGUCAGAUCUUGGAUACGAUGUUUGGAUGGGAAACGUCAGAGGCAACCGGUACUCAAAUAGACAUAGCAUUUUGUCUCCAAUGAGCAGAAAGUACUGGGACUUUUCUUUGGACGAAAUAGGUUACUACGAUAUUCCUGCAAUUGUCGACCAUGUCCUCAAUCAGACAAAUUAUCCAAAGCUGCAUUAUAUUGGACACUCGCAGGGUAAUGCAGUCUUCUUCGUUAUGUGCUCAGAACGACCGGAAUAUGCCAAUAAAAUUUACUCUAUGCAUGGGCUAGCACCCAUUGCAUUUUUUUCUACUGUACGAAGUCCAGUGAUCAACAGUAUGGUGGCAAGCAUCGACUUUUUGAGGAUAUUAACAGCAACACUGCGAAUCUAUGAGUUCCUCCCAAACUCAGAAUUUCUAACUAAGAGCACAAGGAUAAUGUGUCACGAUGCAUCAAUAGUGCAAGCUGUUUGCUCCAAUAUGUUGUUCUUGCUUGCUGGGUUCAAUACAGAUCAACUGAACAAGACAAUGUUGCCAGUUGCUCUUGGCCAUACUCCUUCCGGGGCUUCUGUAAAACAGAUGAUCCAUUUCGCACAACUCAUCAAAUCCGGCCAUUUCCGCAAGUACGAUUACGGACGUUUCCGCAACGACAUGCGAUAUGGCACCACAGAGCCGCCUGACUACAACUUGCUAAACGUUAAAAUGCCCGUUUCCCUUUACUACUCGGAAAAUGAUUGGCUGCUGGACGUGGAGUCUGUACAGAAGCUUUCCACGCUAUUACCAAACGUUCAGGAUAAAUAUUUAAUUCCGCUGAAGCAAUUCAACCAUUUGGACUUCUGCUGGGCAGUGGAUGGUAGAAAGAUUGUCUAUGGGAGACUGCUCGAAAAUAUGCAAAUUGCCGAGUCUAAUGGCAACUUAUUUAGUUGAAUUUCCGGAAAACAGACAGUAUGAGCGGACGGAGGGGGAGGCGCAUUUUUGUAUUAUUUCAUGACCCUAGUUUGUUAUAGAUGUGUAUUUAUUAACAGUUUGUAUCUCAAUUUGCCAAAAUAAAACAUUCAUAGAAACAUUAAAAUUAACAAUUACUGACACCUAAUAACUGGCAGAUCCACAGAGUCAGUAGUCGACUUUCAAUUACGAAGGCAAUUACAGAUUAUAGAUAAGAUACAUGGAUCUGUACAUUUUAUCUUUUUAACCAAAGAGCAGAAUAGAAUAUUUUAUCAACCCUUGUAAAGCGGAGAACAGAUUCUACUAAUAAAUUGGAAUUACUGACCAAAAUUAAGCAACCGAUCAAAACGGUCCUACCCCGCUUCUGAACGGGACAAAGGCUAAAGAAGAAGAACAAAGGAAGUGUUGUAUUUAGUCCAAUUCAUUAUUAUUU